GCUCCGCAUCAUCCUGCUACCUGUGUUUACUUGGCGCAGCUAAUAGCGCCAGAGCGAAAGGGAAACAGAGGGCUUGAGUUGACAGUGUGAUAGAUUAACUCUGGACUGUUUGGGAGCGACCUUCCGCCGGUUCUCUCAGUGUAAGCAGCAGCAGUGUAUUGAACUGAGCGGUGACGGAUAUCAACCUGGUUAGAAAAAAAAAAGAAGAAGAAGAAGAAGAAGAAGAAGAAAAAUACCCGUCCGGGAGCCGCGCACAAUCCCGCAGCAUUGAAAUGGACCAGAUAGGACGCCUGGCGUUGCCUCGGAUUCCUCUGUGAUCACCACUUGAUGGGACUGAGUUAAGCCGAGUGCCGGCCUGAAUAUUUAGCGCAACAGCGGAGAUCCCAGCCAAUCGCUAGGCUCUGUACAACUACCUCAAGACACGGGAACAAAAUAAAAGCUCCCAAAACAACUUUAUCUAACUUCAACCGACUCAGGAGAAAUGGAGAAGUGACAGCUGAAGAGCAGCAGGCAACAAAAGGCUGAUCCUUCAGACAUGUCAGGGCUGAAGCGCCAUCAUGACGGGAAGAUCGCCGGGCUGUACGAUCUCGAUAAGACGCUGGGCCGGGGACACUUCGCAGUGGUCAAGUUGGCACGACACGUAUUCACCGGAGAGAAGGUUGCAGUGAAAGUCAUAGACAAAACCAAGCUGGACCCGGUGGCGCGGGGCCACCUUUUCCAGGAGGUCAGAUGCAUGAAAAUGGUCCAGCACCCCAACGUGGUGCGCCUUUACGAGGUCAUCGACACGGCCACCAAGCUCUACCUCAUUUUGGAGCUGGGCGACGGGGGAGACAUGUACGACUGCAUCAUGAAGCACGAUGGAGGCCUCAGUGAAGAGGUGGCCAAGUGCUACUUCGCCCAAAUCGUCCACGCCAUCUCCUACUGCCACCGGCUCCACGUGGUUCACAGGGACCUGAAGCCUGAAAAUGUUGUUUUCUUCGAGAAGCAGGGCGUCGUCAAGCUCACCGACUUCGGCUUCAGUAACCGUUUCCAGCCCGGAAAGACGCUGAACACGUCCUGCGGCUCGCUGGCUUACUCGGCCCCUGAGAUACUGCUGGGGGACGAGUACGACGCUCCGGCAGUCGAUAUCUGGAGUCUGGGGGUGAUCCUCUUCAUGCUGGUGUGUGGUCAGCCUCCCUUCCAGGAGGCCAACGACAGCGAGACCCUCACCAUGAUCAUGGACUGUCGAUACACGGUGCCUCCGCACAUCUCCCCUGCCUGCAGAGACUUAAUAGGCCACAUGCUACAGAGAGACCCAAAGAAACGAGCAACGCUAGAGCAGAUCGAGGGCCACGAAUGGCUCCAAGGCGUCGACCCCUCCCCGGCCACCAAGCUGUCCACCCCCCUGGUGUCGUACCGCAGCCUAUCGGAGGAGGAGCACGGCUCCAUCAUUCAGCGCAUGGUGCUGGGGGGCAUCGCCGACAGAGACGCCAUAACCGAGGCUCUGGAGUCGAACCAAUACAACCACAUCACAGCUACCUACUUCCUGCUGGCAGAGAGGAUGCUGAGGGACAGGCAGGAGAAAGAGCAGCACAGCCAGACAAGGUCCCCCAGCCCGAGCAAGGCCCAGUUCAGGCAAUCUUGGCCUACCAGAGUAGAUGUUCACCAGGAAGUCAGUGACGGGAUUGGAGGUCCUGCCAUAUCCCACCCCGGAGGGCCCCAGUCCCCCGCCCGCAGCGCUGAGAGCCUCCACAAAGGCCCAAGGCCUAAAACUGCACUGCUGGACCUCAGUCAGCGGCAGGAGAUCCAGACGCCACCUUCCAGCCAACCGCAGCCUGCACGACAAAAUCAGGAGAAAAGUUUGAGACCCCUAGGGAAGCCCCACUCCAACCCCCUCAGGCUGGGCUCCCUGGGGUCUGUGGGACCGUGCAAACCACGAAGUCCCAGUCUGUUCAGCGUCGAGGAGGAUGAGGAAGAAGAAGGAGCAGAGGAUAAAUGCUUGCCCCCUUCUGCUCUACCUUCGCAAGUAGUGCUUCGCUCCAAAGUCUCCUGCUCCUCUUCCUCCAUGUCUUCUUCUAGCAAUCGUAUGACUUCUCGAAUGAGCGCUCCGGUUUUAAACCAGAUCCACGAGGAAGACAAAGAAGACGACGAAGAGGAGGAAAGUACAGAAUUACGUGGAUUUGGUCCUCCUAAGCCAAGUCUUAGCCUCAAUUUGAACUCUAGAAUACCAUCGCCAUCGACGCUAAUAUCCUCUCCGAAGACGCCGACAAACGCCACUUUUACCCCCAGCUCAGAGACAAGUGACGAAGACACAGAGAGUCAUUUUAAACCUCACGCAUUGACUGUGGUGGAUGAUAGGGAAGACAGGAAAGGGGACAGAGAAAAAAGAGGGGCAGGACAGGGAAGUCCACCCAACUGUGCCAGUCCAGGUUCGGGGUCAGUACAGGGGAAGGGUACGGCCAAGGCAGCCAGUGGGCUGGUGGAGAGUCUAAAACUCAUGAGUCUGUGUCUGAGCUCUCAGUUCCACAACCUGACGGGCGGAGGCGGGGGCGGCGGAGGAGGAGGAGGAGGCGGUGGAGUCGGUGGAGGCUCCGGCGGCGUCGGCGGCAGCGUCGGCGUCAGCAGCAGCGUCGGGGCCGACUCCCAAGAGCGCCCCAUGUGGCGGAUGUGCAUGGGCGGCUCCACCGGCAGCCUGGACAAAGUGUCGCUGCUCGGCGGGCCGUCGCUGAAGGGGAACCUCUACCACCAGCCGCCACUGGGGGACGUGCUGGCGGACCCUCUGCUGGACGGACCCUGCUCGGGAACCCUGAGACUGGGGGAGCUGGACUUGGCCCGGGAGAACCACAGGAACAUAAAGAACCGCGCGCUGCAGAUGCCACUGACCGAGAAGACGCUGUCGGUCAACAUUCACCGAGGCCCCAAGGAGGGUCUGCUCUGCACCCCGACCCCACACAGCUGCUGCCAGGUCAUAUAGCCCCACGCGGCCGUGUCAGUCACACUCCACCCCCUCUCCCGUUCAAAUCACUUCUCUUCCUGCUUUUUAUUCAGCUUACAACGACCGGUUGUCGUGAGUUCACACUGUUUUAUUUUCGUUUAUUUUUUCUUCGUUCUUGUUUGGUUUUGAUUAACACCUAACGGUGGGUCGCUGGGAGGGAAUCCAAACGCUAAAAAUUGCACAUUUGGAGACGUAAAAAGUCUCCACGGAGGUACAUGAAGCACUUUCAGUAAAAUUAAACAGAACACUAAGGGGACGUUUUGACUUGACGGUGUGUUUAAUCUGAGUCUUUAAAAAUAGAAGCAGAUAGAGGAGGAGCUCGAAACCGCUCCGCUUCUUCACACUUCUUCUACUGUAUGUGCACAAUGUUCACACCUAUCACUAAAAUAAGCUGACAACUGAAAGCUGGCAAACUUUAGUAUUGUGUUACAUAUCAUGACUUGUGUUUUUUUUUUUUUUUUAAUGUUUUUUUUAGACAAUCUUUUAUCGUAAUGUUUGACGUCC